AAGGAGAGGUAAAACGUGUGCGUGAGAAGUGACUUUGUAUUAAUAGGAAAGAAUAUUUGCAUGAUACAAUAAUGCAAAUGCGUUCAGUAUACGAGCGACUGAUACACAAUUUAACUACCGUUACGGGACACUUCGCCGAGUGAAGUGGCGUCAAUCGAACGAAGAAAUACGGAAACGAGAAAAAGAGAGGAAGCGGCGAAAGAACACACGAACGCGCGAGAACGCGUGCAUUAGAAACGAAAUGCACGCGUCAAAACGUAUUACAAUUUCACGCACGAAAAGUUACACGAAAAGGUUCGUGGAACGCGAGCCAGUACAACGGAUUACACCCUAUACAGAGAAUGAGUUGCGGUGGAAAUUAUGGACAAUAUUGUCGGAACAAAUUAACGUGAAUGAACGAAUUAUUUUAAAAAAAAAAAACUUCUGUUUCCGUGGACGAGUAGAUGUGACGAGAAUUUGGAAGAAAGUUAAACCGUGAAGAUAUCACGCGGCGAGGAAAGAAAGGAGGAAAGAAUAGAAUUUUAUUCAAGAAGCGCUCUAAUGCGGGAAGUACAGGCUCGGUGAUUUCCGGAUGCAAUCGGUUGUUUCCGGCACGGCCGCCCUCCCGAACUAAAACCAUUCAUUCGAUGGAGAGCGAGAGGCGAAGGAUUGAACGGAGAACGGGAUAGGAAGGUGGUAGGUGGAAACGAGAGUUCCCGAGGAAGAAGGAUGGAGAAAGUGAGUGAGCGAGUGAAUGAGAGACGAGCAGAGGGAAGAGUAAGUGGAAAGGAGAAGGAAAGCGGUGUGGCAGGGUAGAGAGGCAAAGAGAAUACAUGAGAGAGGUAGGCUCGGCCGAUUCGAGAAGGCUGGCAGGCUGCUGGUAGGCAAGAGUAAGAAAGCGAGGGAGCAUACUGGCUGGCAGAGGCAGACUGGCCGGCCGUGCGCUGUAGUUAACAGAACUGCUAGCAAAUCGGCAGCAGAUGUGGCCAGUUAGCUCUGUGCUGUGUUCUCGUUCGGAUCUCGGUGUUCCGUAUAUUUCGAUGACUGACUGAAUCCGCAGUCGAUAGUAGCGAUAGUUAGCUAUCGAUUGUCGAGCGUGAUCCUCGUCGUCGACAUCGACCCGUAUCGAAAUUGAAAGAACGAUGCAAAAGUGAAUGCGAGAAAAAGGUAACAGAAUCAAUGACAAGUCGUGGCAAAGUGAAAACAACUUUUUGCGAACAUAAUAUCGACGUAUAGUAUAGAGUAAGACGAAAUUGGAUGGGAUAAACGGCGACAAGAGGGAACAAUUACGAUCUAUCGAGAAGAAAAUCAGAACGUAGAGAGAAGAGGAGAGAACAAAUCGAAUGGAACAGUCGGUCGCGCGCCAGCACCAAGAACGCAGUGACCGUCGUACCUGUCCGUCGGUGGCCGAAGACUUGUCCGAUCGAGACUCGGGAGUGAUGUGGCAACGUUGCUGGUGGCUCGCGAGUGGAGGAGUCAGUCGUUGCUCGGCUGUUCUAUCGUAGUCUGUGUCUGACAGUGCAGUGUCGCUGCCAAUAGAACCGCGAGGGCCCGUCAGGGCCCACGAACAACGCGAACACGAGCACCGCGAUAAACACCGCGGUCAAAAUGACAUAUUUAAGAAAAAUAAGAACGAAUUACAUCACGAGUAUCGAAGGGACAAUCGUACAAACACGUCGUUCAUUGCUACGAUAGCGCAUGUUCACGUUGUUUAUUACCAUCGUAAAAUAGCUCAAGAGAAGAGAGAGUUUUCAUGACUUGCGAGAGAGUAACAGUGUUUCGAAGCGUACAAUCGCUGUGUGACGCGCGUAUUCGUUGUAUAUACACAUCCGUUUCGAGUCGCUACAAGCGGGUUUUCUUCGAACCUUUGUAGAAGUUCCUAAAGUGCGUGCGUACGGUUACAUACGCGGCUGCUACUCGAAUGUCGAGAAACGAAUGAGUGCGUGAAUCGUGACAACAUCGUGUCGAAGUGUACAGAGAGUACUCAGAGAGAGAGUGAGAGAGAAUCCGUCUCUCUUUCUCUCGCAUCCCGUAGAGGCCGUGGUCGGACUUUACGCCGUCGUACGCGCUUCUCCCCUCCCCCUUAAUAGACUGCUUCUUUCUCCCUCUCUCUCGCUGAAGGCCAAUUUAUCUAUCCCGUCGGCCGUACGUCUGUCUUAGUCUAUACCAUUCCUGUCUGUGCGCUGGCAGAGUUUUCACUGGCGCGACACGGCACGGCACGCGCGCACGGUACGACACGUAAACGAAACCGGCUGUCCAGGCGAAUCGGGAGUGUCAAAGAUCCGAAAAAUCACGGGCAUGGGAACAGUGUGUGCCAUGGACUGAAAAAUAGUGCGGGACCCGUUGUCUCGUGCUUACCGCCGUCCAAAGAAGAUCUUGCAUUUCAUCCGGUGCGUGCUUGUGUGUUCCUUUACACCAAAGGAGGAAGAGAGGUUAGGUUAGGCUAGGACUCGCGUCACCCCUGGCCACAGUCCGUCCUUGUCUCUCUUACACUUGGUUCCCCUACCUCUCUUUCUCUGGCAUACAACGAAGAGGAACGCAGACACAAGAGUCCAGACCGAUUACAUACACACGUACGCGCGCAUACACGCACACAUACAUACGCAGGACAAUUGGGGAAAGAGGAGGAAAACACAAAUGCCGAUCGCCCGUGGAAUUCUGGUCGCUGGAACUGCGGCUCAUUGCUGGUCUUCCGCCGCUGGCAUGCUUCGAUUCCUCGCUAGACUUUCAGGGAGGCGGCGGCACGUGCGCCGGAGCUGCGGGCCAGGUGGUGGAGCUCGUGCCGCUGUUGAGGGGACAGCGGCGGGGGUGGGAGGCUGCGCGGCGGGCGGAGGGGCGGGCGAGGGCAGGAGGAAGAGGAAGGGAGGAUGCGAGGAGGCGGGAGGGGGGGCGAGCGCGGCCGAGGAGGUUAGUCGCUCGCCGGUGGCGGAUGGCGACGAGGCCUGCCGCGGCGACAGCGCCACCAUCGACUGCCGCCACCGCCGUCCUCACCUCCACCGCGCGCACCACCGUCGCAUGCACGCCCACCGUCAACAACACCGGGAACAACAGGGAUCGCCGGAUCGAUGGGAGGAGGAGGAGGAGGAGGAGCGGAGGGACGAGGCGGGUAGCGGGAGCGAGGAGCGGCAGCUCGUCGCCGACGAGGAAGCCGUCGCCUCCCCCCCUCGCCGCCGGGAGAUCCAUCGCCACCAUUGCCACCGCUUGCGCCACCACUGCUACCACCACCACCAUCACAACAACAACAACAACAACAACAACAAUCAUCGUCGCCGCCGUCGCCAACACCACCAUCUUCGCCACCAUCACCGUUGCCGCCACCACCACCACCACCACCACCACUACCACCACCAUCACCACCAUCACCACCACCACCAUCACCAUCCCCAUCUCCACCACCGGCCCCGGGACGACAGACCCCCCUGCGAACGGGACCAGCGGUGCGUGGACCGAGCACUGGCCCCUGCGCCCAGGGACGAGCGCAAUAAAGCCGAUGCCACCGACGAAAAAUACCCUGCCACCGUCACUGCCAUGACGAGGGGAUGCAGGAUCCCGCCCUACCUCGCCACGCUACUCAUCCUGUCUUACACUCUCUUCGGUAUAGCAGACGCCUGUUCAUCGCGGUCGACGCCGAAACCGCGGCCACCGACGCCGACGCCUCGACCGAAUAUCACAUUCCACAUGUACACGUGUCCACCGGAUUACGCCGAGUACUACUGCUUGAACGGUGCCACGUGUUUCACUGUCAAAAUCGUCGAUUCCCUCCUUUACAAUUGUUUAUGCGCCAACGGUUAUAUCGGGCAGAGAUGCGAGUUUAAGGAUUUAGAUGGUUCCUAUUUACCAUCCCGGCAACGUGUAAUGUUGGAGACGGCAAGCAUCGCCGGCGGUGCCACGAUAGCAGUAUUCCUGGUCGUUAUCAUUUGCAUAGCGGCUUACAUCCACUGUAAGCGAAAGCAAAAGGAAUUGCGGUCGAGUAACUGCGUCGACACGGUGGAUGGUCCUGGCCGAGAUCCGGAGUUGAGGCCGUUUAGCAACCGUAGCCGCUCCCUCAUGAUCUUCAUGACCAAGAAUCCCAACAGCUCGGCGGCUAUAGAGCAAACGAGAAUGCCCGGAUGGAACUGCCCUGAAGCGGAGUCAAUGAGAAUGGCGUCGAUCAGCGAAGGGAAGCGUUCCAAUCAAUGAUAAAAAAGGAUGAUCCCGGUAGGUGUGUGCCUGAUAAUUCCACGACACGGGCCCGUACGAGGCGUCCACCUCGCGUGUGGAAGCGUUGUGGAGCAUCAGCGAAACCGACGGAAGGGAAAAGAAAUCAGCUUUUCUUCACCUUCAAACCUCUGCUAUCUGUCUCCGUCCAUGGACCAAUUCUCGCGAUUAGGCGAGCGUUAGAGAGGAAAUGCAGGCAGAGAAAGAAAAGGAGGGGAAAGAAUUUUUCUCUUUCUUAUUUACACGAGCCUUUGUCACGUCGACGUUUCAUUUUCCCCGCAUGAAUUUAUCCGUUUCUGCCGAGAGAAGGAAAAGAAGGAGGAAAGGGGAGGAAAAGGAGAGAGAAA